AGGGCCAUCUCUAUACUGGAGACAGGAAGUGGCUCUGAUGGACUUAUCACAAAGGCCAGAUAUAAUCUAGCCAGAGUCCUGGGGAAUGCUGGAAGGUUGGAAGAGGCUAUGGCACAGUACCUAUCUCUGGGCAGGACCUGACCUUUGAAGGCACCUGUGAACUGGCACUGGUGCAUUACAAGCUGGGACAGCUCGCUCAGAGCUUCCAAGCAUACGAGAGAGCCCUGGAGCUUGCCAGUAAAGAUGAGGAUAAAUCCCAUGUGUACGCUGCCAUGGGAAUGGUUGCCUAUAAGUUUGGAGAUGCAGAUGGUGUUAAAACAGCUCUGUUUAACUGCUCACAAACCACGCCUUCAUCCAAUCAUGGCCUGGCUGCUUUGUGCAGCUUUGGCUUCCUCCAAUCAGAUGAGACGUUAGUGAGGGCAGCUCUGGAUGAGCUCAUCAGCAGGGACACCCUGGAUCUGCUGCCUCAGACCCUGUUGUUGUCAGCUGGCCUACAUGUGUUACAGGGAGAUGUCUCUGCAGCAGAGUCCCCUGUUAACCCAGGCACUCACUGACCACCCAGAUAACCCUGCAGUCAGAGAUCUACAGUCCCUCGUUUUUGCUACGCCUCGUACCAGAGAAAUGUCACCAGGCAGCUGCGUCUGCUAAAGCUUGUAUGGAGACAGAUGUCACAUAUGCUAAAAAAUGCCUGCUAAAGCAAGCACUGGGUCUGUUGGCCUGUGGCAAUAGUGCAGGAGUUGAAGCAGGAGAUGGACAUUUGGACAACCCAUUAUGGACGGCUCAGAAAAGUUAUCAUCUAUCGCCAGAUAACCCUGACAACAUGGCAUCUGUCGUCACUGCUCUCCAUGCAGAGGCUGUGUUAACACAGGACCCAAGAAGAAAAACCGCACUGCUGCAAACUGAAUUGAGGUUUACUACACAUCUUUUACAAGGUACGGCAAAUCUGUCACCGAGACUUUACACCUGGCUGGUAGAAAUCCACGUCCUGGCCCUGAUGUUGACUAAUAGGUCAGAGGAAGCCAGACUGUUCAUCUCUGAGAUGCACAGCAGUGAAAACAAUGGCCGACUUCAGUUACUGAAAGAAAUUGUUGAGUCAUUCUUGUCAGGGGAGAGAACCAAGCUGGCCCAGAUCAUUUCCCAGAAUGCCGUGUCAACAUUUGUUUGGCAGUUACUGGCCGUGCUGAGUACCCAGGAGCCUGAGGUUUCAGCGCUUGUAAGUGAGGUGUACAGAAGCUGUCUCCAGUCAGCAGACUCUAGCAGGACAACCCCCAGGCAGACUAAGUUCUUACCCCUCAUCAGAAUGGCCCAGGUGGCCUUUGAACACAUGAUGGAGGAUGCUCCCUCCCAGGACAACUGGCGUACUAUGUUUGAAGAGAGCACAGAGGAGGUGAUGAAGCUGGAGCCUAACUGUUCAGCUGUACUACUGAUGAAGGCAUUACUGGCUAUGAAGGACAACCCCAGGUUGAGUAAACACCAUCUGCAGCAGUUGCUAGACAACAGGAAGGAUAAUUCUUGUGGUGCUUAUGUUGUCUCUCUUGCCAGAAAACUCAUCAUUCAGAUUCUGAAGGAGACAAAGAAGGACCCACAGGCCUUACAGGAUUUCUUGAAGGACAUUGAGGAUUGUGGAGAUACAUCAGUGCUGGACUGGUACAAGAGCACAUACAAAGAGAGGGAAGUUUCCAAGACCAGCAGCGAGCCACCCAAGGACUACUGGGAAGCUGAUUGAUAUGGCUUAACACAGUCUUGGAUUGGGCAUGCAUUCUUAUUGGACAUAGAUUCUUGAAUCUUUUUCAUCGCUGAGAUUGAUCCUGGCUGAAAUGCAAGGGUGACUCAAUUUGUCCUCAUCUUCUUCCUGAAUGUAUCUUCUGUCCACUUGAUUUAAGCUCUUCUGCUUCCGGAAGCUCUUAAAGCCUUCCAAAAUGAAGCUGGAAGAGCUUCCAGAAAACUUCUGCCAAUUCCAGCAGCUCCAUAUUAAGUCGGCAUAACGGCUGAUUUGUUUCAGUCCACCUCUGGUGUCAAAACAUCUUAAAACUUCUCACCUCACACGUUGUGAUUUUAGAAGAUGAUGAAAAUGCUAAAAUUGCUUGGAAGAGAUGGACCAUUGUGACAUUGAAAAUUUGAGAAAGAAAUUCAUAAGAAAAUUCUGAACCCGUGUGAGACAGGUUUAUAAUAAAGACAUCAAAAAUAUUCUGAAAGGAGCAUAUUUUUAGGUGAUGUUUGUUAUAAUACUACUUGUAUGAAGUGGUGUGUCACAAUAAAAAUGGUUCAG